AUGCAACAUAAAACUAAAUUGAUAAUUACUGUAUCUCAUUCAGUGUUAUUACUGAAAAUGUUACGAUCUUCUGAACAAGCCAUUAAAACAAUAUUUGAUUCUACGAACAUUGGUCAGAUUUCUAAGGUAAAUAUUGAAUCUUCCGAUAAAUACAUUUAUUUUACAGGAUUUCCCAAAAUAAGUGACACUGUUGAUUUACAUAUACAAUUAACACGUCCUUUAAUGGGACAGGAGUGA